AUGGCUAAAGCCAGGGCCGCCCGCCGUACCCUAGAUUCCUACACCGUUAAACACAUUAACAAGACUGUCCGACCCGGAGAUUGCGUAUUGAUGCGACCGACCGAUCCGUCGAAGCCGUCGUACGUGGCUCGAUUGGAGAAGAUCGAGUCGGACAGUCGCGGAGCGAACGUGAGGGUGCACGUACGGUGGUACUACCGGCCAGAGGAGUCGAUCGGCGGCCGCCGCCAGUUUCACGGCUCCAAGGAGGUGUUUUUGUCUGAUCAUUUUGAUAUUCAGAGUGGAGACACAAUUGAGGGCAAGUGUACGGUCCACAGCUUUAAGACCUACACUAAGCUCGAUGCAGUUGGAAACGAUGAUUUCUUUUGUCGCUUUGAGUACAAUUCAUCUACUGGUGCCUUCAAUCCCGAUAGAGUCCCCGUGUAUUGUAAAUGUGAGAUGCCUUACAAUCCUGAUGAUCUAAUGGUUCAGUGUGAAGGAUGCAGUGAUUGGUUUCAUCCAAAUUGUAUAGACAUGACUGCAGAGGAAGCCAAGCGACUCGAGCACUUCUUUUGUCAUAAUUGUUCCUCCCAAGAUCAGAAGUUACAUAACUCUCAUGUUGCUUCCAGACACGCAGACACAAAAGUAAUCACGCUGCUGCAUCUAUUUAAUAAUUUCUGUUCUCCUGAUGAUACUUUCUUUAGCAUCAAGUUGAGUAAGAAUGUUAGUUGA